AAGGGCAGAAAGAGAAUGAUGUUCUAAAGCAAGCGUGUAUUCUACAGUGAUGGUAGUAUAAAGUGUAAACCAACCCAAAGACAAAGCCGGCUUCUUUACGAGUCUUGUUCCGUUUCACUGUCACCAAUUCUCUCCAUUUCUUUUCUUUUUCUCACCCCAGAGAUAUUGUCUUGAUUAUAUUAAAUCCUCUCAGUUUUUGGUCGUUUCAUUUUCCGGUACUUGGAUUCAUUUGCUUUGUAACUUUGACCCUUUUGCAGAAGAAGAUAAGCUUUACCCACUAGAGCUAUUCUGGUUCUUGUGAUGGGAUUUUUGUGAAAGGAAAGAAAGACUUGGUUUUUAGAGUAUGGGAUUCUGAUCGAGUUUGUUUGGAUUCAUCUACCAGUUUUGAGAAUUUGAAGAAAAGGGAUUGAUUCCAGGAGAUGGGUUGUUUUCCUUGUUUCGAUUCGAGGGAGGAAGAGACUCUGAAUCCACAGAAGGAAUCUGAUGAUCGAAAGCAAAGCUUGCCCACAGAGUCUUCUAACAUUUCCAAAUUAUCUUCUGGUUCUGACAGGCUUAAAUCAAGAAACAAUGGAAGGUCAAAAAGAGAAUUACCAGUUCCUAAGGAUGGAUUACCUGCUGGCAACAUUGCUGCUCAAACAUUUACGUUCCGUGAGCUUGCAGCUGCAACAAAGAAUUUUAGGCCGGAAUCUUUCAUUGGGGAAGGGGGAUUUGGCCGUGUAUAUAAAGGCCGGCUUGAGAGUACUGGUCAGGUCACUGAGGUGAUUUUGAUCUCUCUAAACUUACUUUAUGUUUUGCAGGUUGUUGCUGUUAAACAAUUGGAUAGAAAUGGCCUCCAGGGUAAUAGAGAAUUCCUGGUAGAGGUUCUCAUGCUCAGCCUUUUACAUCACCCUAACCUUGUGAACCUGAUUGGCUAUUGUGCUGAUGGAGACCAAAGGCUUCUUGUCUAUGAGUUUAUGCCCUUGGGAUCACUGGAAGAUCACCUUCAUGAUCUUCCACCUGAUAAGGAACCACUUGAUUGGAACAGAAGAAUGAGGAUAGCAGCAGGUGCUGCCAAAGGUUUGGAAUAUCUGCAUGAUAAAGCAAAUCCGCCUGUUAUAUACAGGGAUUUCAAGUCAUCCAACAUUUUACUUGAUGAAGGAUUUCACCCGAAGCUUUCCGAUUUUGGGCUUGCCAAGCUUGGUCCUACUGGAGACAAGUCACAUGUUUCCACCAGAGUUAUGGGCACUUACGGUUAUUGUGCUCCUGAAUAUGCCAUGACCGGACAAUUGACUGUGAAAUCUGAUGUCUAUAGUUUUGGUGUAGUCUUCUUGGAGCUCAUCACUGGACGUAAAGCCAUCGACAGUACUCGACCCCAUGGAGAGCAGAACCUUGUCACAUGGGCUCGUCCAUUAUUCAAUGAUCGUAGGAAAUUUUCAAAAUUGGCAGAUCCACAAUUGCAGGGGCGUUAUCCCAUGAGAGGACUUUAUCAGGCUCUAGCAGUAGCUUCCAUGUGCAUUCAGGAACAGGCUGCUGCAAGACCUCUCAUUGGUGAUGUGGUCACUGCUCUCUCUUAUUUGGCAAACCAGGCAUAUGAACCGAGUUCAGGCGGGCAUGGAUACCGGGGUUCCGGUGAUAAGGAUGAGAAAAGAAGAGAGGAGCGAGGUGGGCAGUUACCAAAGAAUGAGGAAGGGGGAGUAUCUGGUCAUAGAUGGGACCUGGAUGGAUCUGAGAAAGAAGAUUCCCCUAGAGAAACUGCAAGAAUGUUAAACAGAGAUUUAGAAAGAGAAAAAGCCGUUGCUGAGGCGAAGAUGUGGGGAGAAAACUGGCGAGAGAAGAGAAGACAAAGUGCACAAGGUAGUUUCGACGGAAGUAAUGGGUAGUUUCCGGGCAACAUUGGUCCAUUUUAUCAGGUUUUUCUGAUUUUGCCCCCAAUCUUGCAGAAGCAUUGGAAGAUAAGUUGAUCUUUCAUUUUAAUUUUUCUCUCUCAAUACCCCUUUUGUUAUUGUUGUUGAAACAUAGAAAUGGAAGAUGAUUAUGAAGAAAAAAGGCAUAACUGAGAUUGUACAUUAUGUGAUGGGAGAGCAAGUAAAGUUAUAAAAUUUUGAGUCAUGCUCUGCUUGCUCUCUCUUAUAGGUUUCUUAUGAGCAAGAAAAUGGCAAUUUACGUACCA